UGCACCCUAUCGGACGCUUCCGCCACGCUUCCGCCUCUCGGUUGACGUCCAGACUUACAUGCCGAAGUUAUUAAAACAUAUAUUUAAAAGCAUUUGGGGCGUUGUUCUGGCUAACAUUAGCAACCCUUGUAUUCAAAUGAGUUAAACUGUCAUUGUCUAGCUGUUCUUGGAAGACACCAUUUGCAAAAUGCUCCUUUUUUGUCCCACAUGUGGGAAUGUUUUGAUCGUCGAGGAGGGACAGAAGUGCCUGAGGUUCGCCUGCAACACAUGCCCCUACGUACACAAUAUCACAAGAAAGGUCAACAACAGGAAUUAUCCUAAACUUAAAGAAGUCGACGAUGUUCUUGGUGGCGCCGCAGCUUGGGAAAAUGUGGACUCUACUCCUGAAACCUGUCCGAGGUGCGGGCAUCUUCGGGCAUACUUCAUGCAGAUUCAGACUAGAUCGGCAGAUGAACCUAUGACAACAUUCUACAAAUGCUGCAAUAUCGAUUGUGGCCAUCGGUGGAGAGAUUGAUCUGCUUGCAUUGUUUGGCACAACUGAUGUAAAAACCUUUGACUAUGGACUUCUCCACAACCCAUUCACCCGCUUCAUUUUGUGUUAUUUAUACUCUAAUAUUGAUUUUGGGAUGUCAUGGACAUGCCUUUUGAAAAUAAAAGGAAGUACCAGCUUUAAUGUUCAGAUGUUUUAUUGAUAAAAUAGUACCUGUAGCAGUCAAACAGCUUGAUUUCAGUUAUCCACAUCACAGAGAUAAAUGCAGUUAUCCACAAAAUACAAGACAUACAGUGCUUUUUAUUUAAAGUACAGUGCAAUCCCUCGGAUGAAAAUAUGCUAUUCUAUCGCAGCUCGCCUGAAAUCACAUGUUAUUGAAAAGCAUACUAAACUAGGGAUUACCAGUAGUCAUUUAAAUUGGGCAGCCAUGUUCUCAUCGAUUAGAAAUGGACAUUCUAUGGCUGAUUAGUAUUUCAUUUUUUUUUAGUUGUCUGUACUGUUGCCACAUUACUUUAUCAAAGCCUACACGUCGUUAAUGUGUUAGUAUGGCAGUUAAAACGUGCAACAAUGCAAUUGAUUCAUGUUACUCCUGUAGGCUUACAGACCCAUAAUAGCACUGUCCCCCACCCUCCCCAUAUUCAGGGACAGGUUUAUAUAAUUUCUCAUUUAAUCGUUGUAGACUUAUCUAGUUAAGCUGUUAAUGUUUCUGAAGCAACAUCCUAAUGAGAACGAUUGAACAUUGGAUAGGUGCAUAUCUUGAACAGUGUUAGCAUGACAGAAUGCUCCGCAGGCAGACUUGGGCCGAGCACACACUAUAACGGUAAUGGCAUGUAGUGUCUCCUGUAAUACAAUGUAAUGAAACCGUAUGAUCGGACGAAAUGUCUGUUAGCUGUAUGUACAUGGUUAUUUUUCAUCCACUUCUGAACAAUGGAAACAAUUCUCAGCCAAACGCUAGUUAAUAUCAGAUGUUAUUUUUUGUUACUACUGCAUUCAAAGCCGUCUAUAAAAGGCAUAGCACAUCACUGAUUUCCUUCAUCAACCGAGAAGAUUUUUGUCAAUUAAAAAAAGGUAUGUGUUGGCAAACAUUUUAAAAAUGUGCGACAUGUAGAUUUUCACUGAGAGCCUUAACACUUUAUAAAAUGACAUUAGAAAUAACACCAAUUUGAAAAUGAAGGGGGUUAUAAGUGUAAACAGCGUUAUCUGAAGAGUUAUCUCAACUGACAUUCAAUAUUGAAAAGCAAUGCAAGUCACAUAUCCAUGCCAUGAAAUCAACCACCGCGUAAAUCGUAUUACCAAGACGGAUAUAAAUGUUUUAGUGUUAGUUCACUGACAUUCAAAAAACUAUACAUGUUUUAUUGCACAGGAAAGACUAGGUGAAUUAGAACAAAAAUAUACAGACACCAACUCUUCAAAAUGACAUGUUCAAAUGAUAAACAUGUCUAAAAUAAAUACAACGCAUUACUGACCCUGCGUUGGUGAAUUCA